AUAAGGUUAGGGGGGCGUUCGGUGGUAUAUGCUAUAACAUUGGUAUCGAUAUUAUUAUUCGAACGAAACCCGUUAAUAUGCGCGGUUAAUUGCACUCAUAGUUGUACUCAGAUUUAAAAAUCGAGGUUCACAUUUAGAUCAUUAAGAGUCAUUCAUGUGGUUCAAAUUGAAAAGUAAAUAAACAAAUCGAAGUACGAGCAACGAAAUCGACAAAUUAUACAUAAUCACAUAAAAAAUACGGUUCAAUAUUAAGCGAUAUGAAUUGUCUGGCGAAAGUGAUUAAAUAUAUUUUAUUUGUAUUUAACUUGCUGCUCUUGAUUUCAAGUUUAUUUUUCAUAAUAUGGUUUGGAAUUGUGUUGGGUUAUAUGGUGCACGUGGAUAAUGACGUAGGUUACCAAAUAUUGCCAAUAGUUGUCAUUGUCAUGGCCAGUAUAUGUUUUAUAGCAUCUUUCCUUGGUUGCUUUGGCAGCAUAAGAAAUAAUAUUUGUCUAUUAAAAACUUACUCUAUCGUAAUGAUCAUACUAUGCUGUAUCGAAGUAAUCGUUAUUAUAUUAAUAUUUGUCACACGUCAACAAAUUAGUAAAACGGAUGUUAACAGUAAAGAUAUGGCUAAUAUAAUUGGGGGUAUUAGUAUAGGUAUAGCAGGAAUAGAAGCAUUGGCUGCUUUAUCUGGAUUUUAUUUAAUUAAAAGUAUAAGAAAUAAUCGUAUUCAGACAUCAGUUGAGGAGUUCCAAAAUUAUUAGGCCAAUUUUUAUUUCUUUAGCAACUUUAAAACAAUAAAUUCAAAGCUUGAUUAGAAGAUAUAUUAUAUUAUA